UGACGGUUCUCUAGAUCGGUCGGCCGCUUGGCUUCCUUUUCCGUUUGUCCACGAAUGACAACACACAGAAAAUGCCUUCUGUAACACUCAAAGACGUAGAUCAACAUAAAUUCGUUAAGGCUUUCGCCUCAUUCCUCAAAAAAACUGGUAAACUGCGUGUACCAGAAUGGGUAGACCUUGUCAAAACAUCCAGAGCUAAAGAGUUGGCUCCUUAUGACCCUGAUUGGUACUAUGUAAGAUGUGCUGCAAUAGUGAGACACAUCUACAUCAGGUCCCCAGUUGGUGUAGGUUCAAUUACCAAGAUCUUUGGUAGCCGCAAACGCAAUGGCACCAAGCCCUCCCAUUUCUGCAGAUCUGCUGGCAGUAUUGGUCGCAAAGCCCUACAGAGCCUAGAGGCUCUUAAGCUUAUUGAGAAAUCUGCUGAUGGUGGAAGGAAGCUGACCCAACAAGGUAGGAGAGAUUUGGAUCGGAUUGCUGCUCAGGUUAAGGCUAAAGAGAGGAAAGCACUCAGGGCUUCUGCUGUACUUGCUUUGUAAAAAUGAGUUAAGGUGU